AUGCGUUUCGGUUCCGUCUUCUCCCUCGCAGCUGCGCUGCUAAGCGCCACAAUCCAGGCUUACGGCAACCCCGGCGCUUGCUCCGGCCGGUGCUGGUCUCACGACCCUUCCGUCGUCCGCCGCGACUCCGACGGCACUUACUUCCGCUUCGAGACCGGCAGCAAGAUCGGCAUCUGGAAGGCUCCCGACCUGGUUGGCCCGUGGACCUACCAGGGCGCUGCUCUCCCGUCGGGUAGCAAGAUCAACCUCAAGGGUAACGACGAUCUCUGGGCCCCUGAUGUGAACAAGGUCGGUGACCAGUACAUCCUCUACUACACCGUCUCCUCCUUCGGCGUCCAGGACUCGGCCAUCGGCUAUGCCACCUCUCCCACGAUGGAGUACGGCUCCUGGACCGACCACGGCGCCACCGGCGUCGCCUCCAAAGCCGGCAGCCGCUACAACGCCAUCGACGCGAACCUCGUCCAGACCGGCGGCAACUACUACCUCAACUUCGGCUCCUUCUGGUCCGACAUCUUCCAGGUGCCCAUGACCAACGGCGGCGUCAAGGCCAACGGCAACCCCUACAACAUCAUCCUCAACACCACUGCGCCCCAGCCCGUCGAGGGCGCCUUCGUCUACGAGCGCAGCGGCACCUUCUGGGCCUUUUUCAGCUCCGGCUCCUGCUGCGGCCUCGACAGCAACCGCCCCUCCCCCGGCAACGAGUACAAGAUCUUCGUCUGCCGCGCCACCUCCGUCGCCGGGCCCUACACCGACAAGAGCGGCAAGAGCUGCACUGCCGGCGGCGGCACCCUCCUGCUCCCCAGCCACGACAAGGUCUACGCCCCCGGCGGCCAGGGCGUCUUGGUCGACCCCAAGCGCGGCGCCGUCCUCUACUACCACUACAUGAACACCGACAUUGGCUACGCCGAUUCUCAGACCCAGUUUGGCUGGAACGUCAUCUCUUGGUCUGGAGGCUGGCCUUCCGUCUAA